CCAUAAAACGUACUGAUUGUUUUAUUCACUGACAUUGAUGUCAGAUAUUUGUAUGUUUACGUUUUAAAUUCGAUUUAGAGUCUUACUCUUAAGUUUUAUGACUUUUGACGUGGUCACUGUCAGUCUGAUGCCUGCUGGCUCACUGAGACACAUAGCGCGUUUGAUGCGGUGAAUCUUGUAAGUCCUGUCGGAUACUGGACUGGCUUUACACUCACUAAGGUAACACUGGAGAUAAUUUAUUUUUACAAAAAAUAAAUAAGGCGUAACAUGGACCGACUUGGCAGCAAGUUGUUGGAGAAAUUAAAACUGACCGACUCCGGUAGCGUAAAGUUCGCCAGCUCCAAAAAGAAAGGCGAAGCGGUCAAUGUAAACAACAAUAAUAGCUGCGGCGGGGGCGCGCUCCGCAGGAACACGACCCCUGGCGCGUCCACGGUGCCCGGGACCGCACUGCCCCCUCCAGCUGCGAGCGAGGUGUCUGGGCACGUCGGGCGAGGGGGACCGGCGGCGCUGUCUCCGCAGAUCUCCCCCACGCCGGGGUCCUCGGAGGGCGGCCCGAGUGGCGAGCCGCACCCGGCGGCCGAGCCCCUGCGGCUUCGGGCGUCCCGGUACCUGCUGGAGGCCGGGGACGGCAGGGCGGGCGACCCGGGCUUCUCGGAGGCUCCUCUGCGGAACAGCUUUCCGGGCGCAGGGCAGGCGGAGGCGGAGCUGCAGGGCGUGAGCGGCCAGCUGGCGCUGAACCACCGGCGCUACUCGCUGGAGCUGCAGCAGCUGGUGCAGCGGCGGCAUCUCCUGUCCCAGCCCCCGCCUCCCGCCCCGCUGCUCUACACGCCCCCUGCUGGCGGCCCCCUGCGCUGCAGCGCCGAGCCGGGCUUCCUGCACGAGUCUGAGCGCCACAAGCGGCUCUCCCUGCAGGAGGCGCUGUUCUACAAGCGGCACAGCACGGGCGGCGAGCCGUGGGCGGGGCCGGUGGGGGUGGCGGGGGCGCAGCGCCCCCCGGAGGCGGGGCUGGCCCUGAGCCCGCGCUCCUCGCUGUCGCUGCAGGAGUCACUGCUGGCCAGCCCGCGCUCCAGUUUCGCCAGCACGGCCAGUGGGAGCAGCCCCAUGGGCUCCCGCUGCAGCAGCAACCGCACCAGCGGCAUCAGCCUGGGCUUCGACUCGCGCCACGCCUCCCUGCAGGGCGCCCCGCCGCCCCCGGGCGCUCCUGGCCCCGCCCACGCCGCCAGGCCCGGCCCGCCUUCUCUGGAGAUCUGGAGGGAGUAUCUGGAGGGGGCGGCCGGGGGGGCGGGGCAGGACAGCCGCCACUCCUACCCCCCCGCGCUGGGAAGCCCCGCGGCCGCCUGCUUCCUGGGGCAGGAGUGGGCGGAGCCACGGCCGAGCCAGGGCCGGCCUGGAGACCGCGCCCGCUAUUCGGACCUCCCGGGAACCCGGUACCAGGAGGAGCUGACCCGCCUCCUGCUGCAGGAGGCUGCUCUCCGGGGGGGGGGGCUGGGCGACCCCGCUGGGCUGCUGGGGGCCCUGGAGGGCCUGACCCUGAAAGAAGCACCCACCCCCACGGGCAGCCAGCCCAAACUGCAGACGGAGCAGGGCGCCGGGAGGGACACUCCUGAGACCCGGCAGGAGUACUUCGGUACCUGUGUGAAGUGUGGUAAGGGUGUGUACGGGGCAGAGAGUGCGUGCCAGGCACUGGACAGCCUCUAUCACACACGCUGCUUCACCUGUGUGUCCUGUGGCCGCACCCUCAGAAACAAGGACUUCUUCAAUGUGAGCGGGGCAGUUUACUGUAAAGAGGAUUACAUGUUCUCAGGCUUUCAGGCAGCAGCAGAGAAGUGCAGUGUGUGUGGCCACCUCAUCCUGGAGAAGAUUUUGCAGGCUCUGGGGAAUUCCUAUCACCCCGGUUGUUUCCGCUGUGUGGUGUGUGCGAAGGCGUUAGAUGGAGUUCCCUUCACGGUGGACUACCUCAAUAACGUCUACUGCGUCUCUGACUACAACAGGACAUUUGCUCCAAAGUGUGCUGCCUGUCUACAGCCCAUUCUGCCUGCAGAGGGCAGUGAGGAAAUUCUCAGGGUGGUGUCCAUGAACAAGGACUAUCACUUUGAGUGUUACCACUGUGAGGAGUGUGGGAAGCAGCUCUCUGAUCAGCCAGGCUCACAGUGUUUCCCUCUGGACUCUCACCUGCUGUGUCACUCCUGUCACAUGACCAGGGUGUGCGCCACCCUCAACCUUCCCCCUCACAACACACACUGAGAGGUGCCCCCACGGCAGGCAGAAGGAAACCCCCUCACCGGGACUCACUGACAGGGCCAGCAGGUGGUGCCAGUGCUGCACUCCGCAGGGGGACAGGAAGAGGAGGGUCCGAGUCCCUCUUCCACUUCAGAACAGGAAGUGAAGCAGGAACUCAGAAAGCCCUGCUGUUCUUACGCCGUCUCUCCUGCAGGAGAAUUUCAGCUUCUCCUGCAGGCUGUGCUGCAGAUUUCGAGAAGUGCAUUAUAAUACACAUAUAACCCUGAUGGGCCGCACAGGCUCACCCCUGCGCACACACAUGCACACACACACACACGCACACACACACACACACACACAC